ACCCAUGGCGCAGGCAAAGCCACCACCAGUGUGGUGCUGGUGUGAACCGUGUGGUGGCGUGAGGGAAUGCACGCGCUCAUUCUGGCGCGCGAGCACAGCAAGGAGACCGGGUCGCCGCCUCGCUUUCAACUCCCGCGCGCGUUGCCCCGGCACCAACCGUCUCCUUCCGCUCGCGUCAACGGCAGUUUGGAGGCAGCAAUCUCGCCAUAACAGCCUCUCUCUCCCUGUUUUUUUAGUCUCGUUGCAGCAAAUCUUCUCGUCGUGGCGCAAGCUUGCCCUCAGCUCAGCGACUGCUUCCUAGCUGUUCCGGGCGACGACGAUCCUCCCGGUUCUUCCUCGUCCAGCUUCCUUCGGCCUCACGUCUCGCGAGGUGGAUCUGCCGUCCGUGCCUGGGUUUCUCUUGGGGCUGAGCAUCUCAUUUCCUUGGGAAUUCCUGUCGCUGUCCUUCUGGAGAUCAGUGGAUGAAGAGGUCGACGAAAAUCUGACAGAGUUCUCAAGAGGUUCGGCGUCUAGGUGAGCCUAUCGACCGGUUCAUUCUCCGUGGCGUGCUGCGGCGCAGUUCUUGUCGGCGGCGCUCACGGAUUAUUCCUGCCCUGUUCCCGCAGGUGCGCCGCGCCGGGGCGGCGCCACCGCCACCGCCACCGUGCCAUGCAGGCCGAGGAGGUGAGGUCGCGGUUCGGGCGGUGCCCGUACUGCCGCGCCAUGAUCUACCAGGACCUCACCGCCAUCAUCUUCUACUGCAGCAAGUGCCGCACGCCGAUCCGAGGCAAGAACCCGCGGCCGACCGACGAGACCGAGUACGCGCUCGCGCAGCUCGAGAUCCUCUCCGCCGACACCGCGUCGGUCUUCUCCGACGACGUUGAGCCGCCGAAUCCGAGGUCGGGCUGGGGCGUCGACGACGACGACGAUGCGCGGCGGCCUCCGCUGGGGAGCAGGUCAACUACCGGUAGAAGCUUCGUGCCCAACAGCAGGCAGGGUACUGGAGCCGCGUCUUCGUCCUCGCCGUACAGAGAGUCUGGCUCGGUCAGAGAAGGCCCGAGAAACAGGGCAACGAACUCCGGCCUGAACCGGGACAGCCAAACGGAGGCUGCUGAGUGGAGCGGUUCGCCGCUGCGCAGUCGCGUGACCGAACUCCGGCCGUCCUCGAGGAGAACCAGGCGAUCGAGCACCGGCGAUGUGGCCGCGCGCAGCGGCGCAGGAUCGGGCACCGACGACUCGGACUACGAUGUGCCGGCGCCGGCUACGUCUUACCGGCGCCGGGCGUCGCCGCUGAGCUCGCAGGAACUCGAAGUGGCGUCGGUCCUGUCUGGACUCGAGCCGAUCAACAUCGACAAGUCGCCGCUGAGUGACCCGGCGUUCCAGAAGGACCUCCUGCAGGCGCUGGACAACCUCCGGAAGCUCAUCGCCGCCGUCGACCAUCCGCGCAGCAUCGAAGGGCACUGGCAAGGCAUGGUGCCCCGGCUGAGCGCGUCCUGCAACGGCGACGGCAGCGGCAAGCGCCCGAUCACAAGGCGCAGCUCCCGCCUCAUGCGCCGGCUGGAGUCGCAGCUCACGCGGGCAUUGCCCGCGGAGCGCCCGCGCCGGCGCCGGGACGCGAGCGCCUCGUCCUCCUCGUCGUCGUUGAGCAGCCGACGCGGCGGCCUCGGGCCGCGGGCGCACCACUGCCGGCCGCUGCUGGGCGGCGCGCCGUUCGUGGUCUGCGACGGGUGCUCGGAGAUACUGCAGCUGCCGGCCGCACUGCCCGCUGGCAGAGUCUCCAGGCUCAAGUGCGGUGGCUGCGGCGAAGCGUUCGAGCUGACUCUGCCGGCGAGCGGCUCGACGGAGACGGCCCGGCCGGAUAGGAUCUUUUCCGCGCCGCAGAUCGCCGCCGGCGGCGCGGAGGACCCCGAGCAUGCGCUCGCGUGGAGCCACCUGAGUGGCGAGCAGCCGCGGCCGGCGGGGCCGCUUCACCGCGUGCUUGGGUACAGCUCCGUCAGCUCGGUUCUUCGCAGCCGGCGGUACGACGAGCACAACUGAGCAUUUCUCUUGUACAUUAAGUUAGGUGUAAAUCGCAACGGGUCUGAUCAAUUUUGGGGGAUUUUCGUGAAGAAAUGCGCGGGGUUUUUUUUCAUCCAUUGUGUAUUCUUUUAGCACACAUUCGUAAUGAAAUUGUAUUCAUUGUGUAAAGAGGGGAUUGCUGUCCAUUUUUUAUGUUAGUCUAUGCUACCAAACUCGAUCUGAUUUGUAA